AUGGCCUUGCGACUCUCGCUUAUAGGGCUACUGGCAGCCUUUGUGCACGCUGCCGACUACAACAUCAUUAACCUUGACAACAACACGCUGAAGAUGGUGACUGGAAAGGAUAUUCCUGUGUUUGUGCGCUUUGACAAAGACUAUCCGUACGGCGAAAAGGCCGAUGCUUUCAAGGCCCUGGCACAGACUGCAGUGGGAGCCAAGGUGCUUAUUGCCAGCGUUGGCAUCUCUACCUAUGGGGAAAAAAUGAACCAGGACGUGGCCGAACAGUUCGGAUACAAGACACCUGGUAAGGAUCUGGAAUACAGUGAUAUGGACACCAUCUUUCCAAAGUUCCGCUUGUUCCCGGCCAAUGGCGGGGCUGACAUUGAGUAUACCGGCGAAGUGAAGACGGAUGCAAUGACCCUUUUCCUCAAGAAGGAGGCGAAAGUUUACUGUGGACUAAAGGGCACCAUCCGUGAGUUUGACAAGCUUGCGGCAGACUUUGUGAAGUCCGGCGCAAACAAAGCGGAUGUAAUCCAGAGCGCCAAGGUGGCAGCCGAGGCUCUUACAGGAGCAGAGAAGGAAGCAGCGUCCUACUACGUAAAGGCGAUGGAAAAGACACAAGGCAAAAGUGACUGGUUCAAGACAGAGUUUGAACGCCUGAAGCAGAUCAUCGCAGGAGGAACGGUUGCGCCGUCAAAGAAGGAGGAUAUGGCACUCAAGGUGAACCGCCUGAGCUCCUUCGUCUCGCCGAAUGAUGAGCUCUGA